AUUACUACUAUAAAAGCUUUAUGAAGAUACAUAUAUUUCACAGUAGAACGUACUAUUUUAUCUCGAAAGAACCGAAUUAAGAAUCUGAUGGUUACAUGUAAAAACAUAUAUACAACAGUGUAAAACUCCGCUUAAUCAGUUAUAACCUAACAGGAGGACGAAGUGUAUUAGAAUGGAGACAACAACACUUGUUUCCUCUAUAUCAAACAAUCACUUCUUUUCUGUCUGUCACUACAUAACGACUUUAGGAAUUAUUUUCAAUAAUAAUAAACUGAUUUCAUCUGCAGUUAAAAGUGAAACAGUACCAGUUGUAAAUGCAUUUUUUGAAUAUUUAAACAUGUCGACUAAUGAAUCCGAGGCAAAAAUUCAUCUUUUUAAAGAAAUUUGCAAUAAAACUGAUAUUUCCGGUUUCAAAAUGCUGAAUAACUUUCAGGACGCUAACAGAUUUUAUAAGUAUAUAAUUAAUGUGGCACUAUUUGCUCCGCAUGGCAACAUUACAGGUUAUGUAAGAAAUAUUUUCAGGAAUAACACAAACAAAAACUUUUCCAAUUUACAGGAAAUUUUGUUUCACAAUUUUUCAAAGAAUUUCAUUGUUAAAAAUGUUUGCUCGUUAAGAAAGGAAUCUGGAAAUCUUAAUAUUCUUGCAAUUAAACGAACCUUUGCAGAGUAUGUUUUACCUAUUUUCACUGAAAUAUGGAAUGCAGAGAAAAAUUUAAAGAGUAUGCAAAUGAACGAUUUGAAAAUAGUAAAACGGUUCAGAAGACAAGAAAGUUCGUCAGACGACAGUGAUAGUAAUGCUCUAGUAAUUGAUGAAGACUCACCUGAAGAAGAGGAUCAAAUAAGAAACAAUUUAUCGCCUGAUAGAUGGUUUAAUAUUAGAAAUACUAUAGAACACAGAGAACUUUCUAACACAAGAUAUUCAAGAAGGAUGGAUGCUAUUGAAACAGCUGCAAAAUUCAUCUCGUCAAAUGUGCCAACGAAAACAUUUACUGAAGCUGUAAAUAUGUUGAAGAGUUACAUAUUAUCUGUAGAUGAUGACAAUUCGAAUUUACUGACAUAUGCUCAAUUGGCUAAAAAUUAUACAAAUUACAUGACGAUUAUGAACUUUUAUUCACUCUGGAUGAUUGAUAAUAACAAAUACAUAAAUGAUGUGCUAUAUGAAUCAAAGUUUUAUUUUCCACAUGCCUGUGGACAAUGUUACUUGAAAUUGAUGACACUACUUAACGUAAGAACGAGCUCUAUUUUCAGUUACUAUUAUGGUACUUACAUCACACACUUAGAUAUUUUACAACGAAAAAUCAGAUUUGAAGAUUAUUUUAGAAUUUGCUAUGAAUUAAACGAAACACAAGAACUUCGUUUUACCAGUCAUUUAGAAGUUGCACUUUUGAGAGUGGCUCUUAGACAAUGUGAUGAGGAAUUUAAUGAAGAUCCAAUUGUACUUUAUCAGGCUUCUUAUGUCACUGAUACUUCUCAAAACGAUUACCUAUAUACAACAGAUUUUGUGACUUUAAACUUAAAAGAAGCAUGCAGUGAAAAUCGUGAUUUUGUACUAACAAAUAUCUUAAAUAAUACUAUCGAUACAGGAAUAAUAUUAUUUAUCAAGAUACAUCUGAAAAAUCGUUGCGGAGUAGCAGACGUCUCUCAAUUCAGCAGGAAUAAAAUCAAAUCCCAUUUUUUAACCAUUGCUGAAAAAUAUAAACGAAUUGAAACAUUUGAAGAAACCAUUGACAAUCAGACAAUAAUAUAUAUGACGGUUGAUUCCAUCGAAGAAAUGCCAAAAGAAGAAAAAAUGAUAGAUAUUGUAAAUGAGCUAAAUACUAUUUAUAUGAAUGGACAUAAAUAUUAUAUAAACGAUGUUCCGCAACUUCAGACAGUUAUUACCAUUUAAAAAUGGCUGCUUAAACAUAAACGUAAUUUCAAAAUGAUUUUUCUCCCAAUUUGGACACUUAUUGCAAAAUCGAUAAAAAUACCAGAUAUCCUAAACUUUUGUUCUUUCAUUUGCGACAAGAAAUUUGCAAAUUACAAAAUUAAUUUGCAAAAUUUACAAAAUUUGAAUUUACAAUUUUUUCCAUAUGAAGUAAAAAUGUUAUCGCUAUGAAUUAUUGUACGCAAUCUUUAAACACUACCAGUAAAUUGCACAAAAAGGAAA